UCUUAUCCCCUCCUUCUCUUCCAAUAGUCUCACAGUCCCCUCUAGAAACAUGUCUUCAGCUUAUUGUUCCUCUGCCGUGGCGGUUUCCGCCGCAGCUACCGUUUCCUCCGCCGCUACCUUUAACCCAUUACUCUCCUUCCACUCAAAUUUCAAACUCUUCUAUCGCAUCACACCAAAACCCUUCAAACUCGUCGCCAAAUGCCCUACUCCUCCUCUCUUCCUCCAUCUAAAUACCCGUCGCCACCGCCUCUUCUGCGCCGCCGAAGACGAAAUCCCGCCGUCAUCCGGAGAAGAAGAGGACGAGGAAGAAGAAGAAAACGAAGAAGAAGACGCAGAUGCGACGCAAGCGAGCGUUGAGGAAGGGAGGCUGUACGUUGGGAACUUGCCUUACACAAUCACUUCUUCUGAGCUCUCCCAGCUUUUCGGAGAAGCUGGUAACGUCGUCGAUGUUCAGAUUGUGUACGAUAAAGUCACUGACAGAAGCAGAGGGUUUGGAUUCGUAACCAUGGGAACCAUUGAAGAAGCUAAAGAAGCGAUUCAGAUGUUCAACAGCUCUCAAAUCGGUGGUAGGACGGUGAAAGUGAACUUCCCGGAGGUGCCUAGAGGCGGAGAGAGGGAAGUGAUGAGAACCAAGAUUCGUGAUAGUAACAGGAGUUAUGUUGACAGUCCUCACAAGAUCUAUGCAGGGAACCUUGGUUGGAAUCUAACCUCGCAAGGUCUUAAAGAUGCGUUUGGAGAUCAGCCUGGUGUGCUUGGUGCUAAAGUUAUCUACGAAAGAAACAGUGGGAGGUCUAGAGGGUUUGGUUUCGUUUCUUUUGAGUCGGAAGAAAACCUUCAGUCUGCUCUGGGUGCUAUGAAUGGUGUGGAAAUUGAAGGACGAGCGCUGAGGCUAAACUUGGCUUCGGAGAGAGCCAGGGAGCCUCGUCCUUCUGUAGGAGAAGGAGAGACUGAAGAGGGCAGUCUAGAGAGAAGCGAGGUGGUUUCGAACAUUAGUACAUGAAGCGGCAAAAGCACGGUAGAUUCCACUGAGGGCUAGAAAAUGAAAAACUUUGCUGUCUUUCUAUGAGUUAUGACUAUGCUGUUGUACUCUACUGAUGCUAAAGAAGAAGAUAAUAUAAGAGAUAAAGAACAGGAUAGUAGCUGUAAUCUUAUUCAGAAAUGCUUGUUCCAUUAAAUGGUGUAAUGUAAGAUCUCUUUAUCCCAGACUCUUAGUACUACUACUUAUUAUUAAAAAGAACAAUCUAUAAGAGU